AGAAUCCUAACGGUCAAAUUUUCAAGUCCCUGGAAUCAGAUUCCUCAAAUUUCCUUCCCCGUUUUCUUCUCCACAUCCUAACCUCUCUGUACAAAACAUCUCUCACUCUCAUGAAGACUACCUUUCUCCUUUCUUUUGAAAAACAAAAGCAAGAAACUUUUACAUACAAGUCAAGUCAAUAGUGCCUAAUAAUGGGGUGCUCCCUUUUCGCUUGUUUCACUGCUUGUAAGCAUGGAAAAUGUAGACAUUUGGUGAAUGUAACUCCAUCUAAACCUCAUGAUGAUGGAGCUACUGAAGCUUCGAAAGUUCAUGAACCCACAAAGCAAGAGGGAGUUCCUCAGGUGCCCAUUGAGCCCAUUUUGGAAUCAAAAGAGAAUCUUGAGGAGCAAAUGCGCUGCAAUGAGAAAAGGAAAUUGACUUUUAAUUUCAAUGUCGAAACCUACGAGGGUUUAUCAACUGAUGAAGAAGUUAUCAUCAACGUAGUAGAGUACAAAGAAGAAGAGAGAAAGUCUGAAAACAAAGAAGAAGAACCAUCAAACAUGAACAAAUCAGUUUCUAACGUGGUUGCAUCAAAUGUCGGAUGUUAUCAUCCAAAUAACAGAUAUCAAAAUCGAGUUGACGAAGAAGAUUAUGAAGAUUUGGACUUGGAAGCUAGUGAUUUAAAUGAAGCUGUUCAAGUAUUGAUUCAAGAAGAGCCAUCCGAGUCUUUGUUUUCAAUAUCAAUUGAUUCAAGAAAACAGGUGCAUGGAGCUGAAUUGGGUGAAAAGGAGGUUAGUAGUCCCAUGCCAAAAGGUGAGUCACCACCUAAGGAGGAACCUAAACUAGAGGGGUCCAAUCAAGAUGCUCUAGUUAUGUCUCGGUUUGAUGACCCCGUUCUGAACCCAGUAGAAAAUCUAAUUCAAUGGAAAGAAGCCAAAGCAAGAGCAACCUCACCAUGGCAGCAUGAAGACAAGGAAAAUGUCAAUGUAGAGCAAGAUUUUGACAAAAACAUUAGUCCGGAGACUAUUUUCAAGUUGUACAAGCAGAAGAAGCUGGUGGAUCAAGAAAUUGCAGUGGAUACUAGCUUAUCAAGUUGGUUGGCCACACCGCCAAUGUCCAAGGGUAGCCCUAAUUCAGUUGGGAACACGCCAUCUGCAAGGAGUUGUUCGCCAAGAAGUCAUGAAGAUAGGCCUAUUUUAGGAGCUUUGACAGUUGAGGAUCUUGAACAACAUUCUGCUUCUAAUACUCCAAGGCGGUCAAGGAGUUUGACUCCUGUAGAAACACCUCUUACAGGGACUGUUGGAAGCUACUGGAUUCAUACUGGACGGGUUGUGGAAUCGGAUUCAGGCUCUUCCAGCAAAGGAAUGCUUAGAACAAAAAAAGUAGAGGAUGAGAAGCUGAAAUGGAAUUCUAUUCCGUUCGAGGAAAGAUUGGACAGAGCUUUGGAAGGAGCCGUUGCUCAAGUGUAGGAGGCGCCUCAUGCAAUUUUGCUUGUUGCUUUGAUGUUCUGUACCUAUGCAUGCACAUGUUCUGUGGAUUUGUUGGCUUUGCCCCACUUUGGCAUGCAGUAUGCAAUAAUCUGAGAUGCUUGUUAAUAACAGUAGUUUUGUUGAGGAAGAGGAAUUAUUCGAGUACUUGUUACUUCGUUUCCCA